AUUCGCUUCCAACCAACGCAACGCAACGCAACGCAGAAACAAAAACAAAAGAAGGAAAACUCACAGAAGAAACCUCUCAGCCUUCGACACACGCAGUAAGAAUAGAAAGAAACCCGCAAACAACCAUGGCGGCAACCGUCAGCGCGUGGGCUAAACCAGGCGCGUGGGCACUCGACUCCGAAGAAAACGAAGCCGACCUUCUCCAGCAACACAAUCAAGACUCCCUCACCGGCGUCCAUCUCUCCAACGGCGCCGCCGCCAACUCUGCUCCCACUGCCGACUUCCCAUCCCUUGCCACCGCCGCCGCCACCAAGCCCAAGAAGAAAAAGGGCCAAACCCUUUCCCUUCAGGAGUUCUCAACUUUCGGCGCCACCCCUAAGCCGUCUUCUUCGUCCUCGUCUCAACCCUCCAGGGGUCUUACCCACGAUGAACUCUUGGCUCUCCCAACUGGCCCCCGCCAGCGCUCCGCUGAAGAGCUCGACCGCAACAAAGGCUUCAGAUCCUAUGGCAAUAACUACGAUAGGCCGGGAAGGGGCUCCUCCGACGAGCAGCCUCGCCGUCCGAGGGAUUCCAGCAGGGAUUUAGAGCCUUCCCGUGCCGAUGAAAUUGACGACUGGGGUGCCCUGAAGAAAUCUACCGCUGGCAACGGUAACUUGUUUGAGCGGAGGGAAAGAGGGGAGAGAGGAGGGUUCUUCUCGGAUUCGCAGUCUCGUGCGGAUGAAGUUGAUAACUGGGCUUCGAAUAAGACGUUUGUGCCCUCUGAGAGUCGGAGGAAUGAUAGAAGAGGAGGUUUUGAAUCGAAUGGCGGCGCUGACUCUGCAAACUGGGUGAAGAGGAAGGAAGAAGAGGGGAGGAAAUUUGGAUCUUCCGGUGGUGGGGCUUUUGAUAGUUUGAGAGAGAGAAGAGGUGGGGGUAUUGAUUCUGCUAAUGGCGGUGGGCCAGAUUCAGAUAGCUGGGGACGGAAGAAAGAGGAGGUUGCUACUGCAGGUGGGAGGCCGAGGUUGAAUCUGCAGCCUAGGACACUACCCGUAGGUGAGCAGAAUGAGAGUGUAGUGAAGCCUAAGGGGUCAAGCCCAUUUGGCAGCGCAAGGCCAAGGGAAGAGGUUUUGAAGGAGAAGGGGCAGGACUGGAAAGAGAUCGAUGAAAAGCUUGAGUCUGUCAAGAUUAAAGAGGCAGUAGCCGCAGUGGAAGAAAAGCCAGCUUUUGGGAAGAGAGGUUUUGGUAGUGGUAAUUGGAGGGGUGGCUUCCAGCAGGAGGAAAAAAAUGAGAGAGCUUGGAGGAAACCAGAGCCACAGCCCGAGGAUGCUCGCCCUCUGAGUGCUGAAAAAACAGAAGAUGUACCAGUGGAAGAAGCUGAGGAUAAAAGCUCACAAAUGUGAUGCUGAAUUUGAGAUUGGGAGGGGAUUGAAAUACGCAGGUUUCUGUGUCUUUGUUUUGUGCUUUGUGCUCUGACUGGAGCUCAUUUUGAGGGGGACAUGAUUGAGGAGGCAGUUUUGGUAGGAAACUGAGUAGACUAUUUGUUUUGAGGCCUAAUGGCUGGCUGGUUGGUAGUGGGUGUGGUAUUUUAUUUAUUAGUAAAAACAAGUUUUGUUGUUACUGGAUGUCAUAUUAUUAUUCUUUGAAUCUGGUCCGUCCGCUCAAUUCUGUUGUUACUCUACAUAACA